AUGUCCCGAGCUCCGGUUGGGCUAGUGGCUGCCGUUCUUUUUGUAUCAUACUGGAACGGGCUUUGGACGAGUGCGGUAACAGGAACAGCAAUACACCCGCAGUGCACAAUAGGGAAGACGAUGACCACGUGCAGCUGCGGAUCGUCGCUAGGUGUAAGUACAGGAACGGUUGGGGCGGGUGGUAGCGCAACUCUGUCGGAGUCGAGUAAUGCAAUCACUAUUCAGUGUUCCGAUGCAGGCUUCGAAUUUGUACCUGCCGCUGAAAAUCAUGUAUGCACUUCAAGUGAGGAGGAGGAGGCAACCCCUCUGAAAACGUGCAAUGACCAGCCGAAUGUAAAAACCUCCCUCAUCGAAGAUUUUUUGGAGCACGCCCCCGACACGAACCCACCAACGUGGACGAAGACAGAAGGAAACACGAAGGAAAAUUCAUUAACCAUUCCACAAGAUAGUUUCCCGCUGAUCGACAGAAGCUUCUUCGCCGGAUGCCUAAAAGCAAGAGACCAGGAGGAGUGCGUGGUGAAAGUCAGCGUCAAAGCCAGGACCUCGACAGUGAAGAACGGAGUUCUCACUUGCGCAUACGGCGGAGAGAGCAACACGUCUGUUCCAGAAGUAACACUGAAUUCCGAGAACAACUUUCUGACUAUCCAGUGUGGCAGUGAGGGAGUGUUGCAACCGACCAAGGACUCUUUGACUGCCUACCACUGCACGGGCUCCAAUACAACUGACUGCAAGAAGGUGAACCUCACUGAGGUCAUGCCGACUUUCACAUCCAGCUGGUGGACAAAGGACGAGCAUAACUCCGCGGCACCGAAACUGGUGAUUCCGGAAGACGGCUUUCCUUCCCAGGAAGAAACGAUCGUAUUGGGCUGCGAACAAAUGAAACCAUCAAGUGCAAGGGAAACGCAAGGUGGUGAAAGCACUGCUGUUGAGCUGCCGACAUGCAGAGUGAAGGUGACACUCAGUGCCGAGACCUCCGGAUCACAGGCCCCGGAUGUUUCUUUCCUCGGAUUGUUUGUUUUGUUUUUGUCUUUCAUACCCUCUGUGAUGGGCGCAUGCUGA